CCUCCAGUCCAGGUGGUGGCAGUAAUUUGCCCGAAAAUUCAAAAUAGGGGCGGCAAAGCUGCGGUGGAAGAGAAGAGGAGAGCAGCACAGCCACCGUCUGAACAGUCAGCAGCAAUGGACCUGAAGCAGUUUGAAGCGGACAACUCCGGCAGCUUCAGGCUGGCCUCUCGGAUUCCCGAUGUGUGCAGGACGGAGGACUGCUGCCUGGGAGUGGAUGAGGCAGGCAGAGGUCCUGUACUCGGACCGAUGGUGUAUGGGAUUUGUUUUUGUCCUGUUUCAAAAAGGGAGGAGCUGAAGGAUCUGAAAGUAGCAGAUUCAAAGACGCUAAAUGAGGCUGAAAGAGAGAAUCUGUUCCAAAAACUGGAUGAAGCACAAAACUACGUAGGCUGGGCUUUGCAGAUCCUUUCGCCCAACAUGAUCUCCACCAGCAUGUUGCAGAGGACAAAGUACAACCUGAAUGCCCUGUCACAUGAUACAGCCAUCGGUCUGAUCCAGUACGCCUUGGACAGUGGAGUACAGCUUAAGGAGGUGUACGUGGACACAGUCGGACCAGCAGAGAAGUAUGAGGAGAAGCUGUCCCAGCGGUUCCCUGGCAUCCAGGUGACUGUGAGGCCUAAAGCCGACUCCCUCUUUCCUGUUGUCAGCGCGGCCAGUAUCUGUGCAAAGGUUGCCAGAGAUCGCGUUGUGAAAGGCUGGAACUUUGCAGAAGACCUGGGGGAGAUAGAUGCAGACUAUGGCUCAGGAUAUCCCAAUGACCCCAAAACUAAAGAGUGGCUGCUGAAGUACCUGGACCCUGUGUUUGGUUACCCUCAGUUUGUCAGAUUCAGCUGGAGCACAGCUCAGACUCUCAUGGACAGCAAGGCGGUGCCUGUACACUGGGAUGAUGAUGAAGAGGAUGGGGAGAAGGCGGCGCAGCGGCAGAACAACCGUUCCAUGUUGUCUUACUUCAGCGCAUCAGCAGAAGGCGACAGAGCUCAGCAGACUCACCGUUUCUUCUCGGAGAGGAGGCUGAAGAGUUUAAAGUCACUCUGAAGAGGCAUCAGAACAUGUGACUCACAUCCUGGACAUUGGAGGCUCAUUUGGUGAAUAUUCUCCUGCAGCACAAACGACUAAGCUGUUCACAGAGUGUGAAAAAUCAUCAUUAGUUGAUUUAUCCGUGAUCUAAACUGGAAUCUUUGAUAUUAUUUUUAAUAAAUAAAAUAAUGUGUUAAACAUGCUUUCUCCAGAUUCUUGUUCAAAAUGAUUCACUGAGCAACUGGCCACAAUAUAUUUUAUGUAAAGACUCAGGUUUGGAACCCUGUAGUGGUUAAGUUUCAAGCAAAACACUGUUUACACCAACAAAAGAUAAUUCUGUAGCUCUUUUUUUAGCCAAUCAGGUUACUCAAAAGUGGGUUCCAUCACAAUCUCAUCUGUGCUCGCAUUUACCCAUCCACACUUAUUCACUCAUUCAGUGUGUGCCCAGGAGUCUAUCAUUUUUGUAGAGAUCAAACAUUAUGCAUAACAUAUAUAAUUCGAUAUUGAGUAUCUUUAACUGUCCCUCCUGUUGUCCUCGGGUCAAAAUGACCGAGAUUUGUAUGUGUUUUCCUUAUACACAGAAAAUAAGGACAACAGGAGGGUUAAAUGGGUGGAUGAACUAAAUAUUCAGGUUCAUCCACCCAUUUAAUCGAUGGAUCAAUUAAAAAGCAAACAAGUAAAAGAUAAAUGCCAACAUGUUCCCUUUUUAGAUUUUAAUAUGUUAAAAAUUUAGCUCUAAGGAAAAAAAAAACCUGCAUAUUAUGGGCAACCAUAUUUGUAAUUACUCUUGAAUCAGUGAGGAGCCCAAAUGACCCAUGGGUCGCACAAACUUCUGGUUUAAUAAUAUUACUGCAAUUGAAAUUUUGUACAAAAUAAUCUCAGUGAAUAAUCCUGCUACCAUGUAGUUUUAUUAAGGAGUAACAGAAAUAUAACCAGCCACCAUUAGGGGGAGCUCUGUGCCCUGCUUUGUGAGUUUAAAAUUUGCUGUUCUGUCGUUUGAGAACAGCAGAUGAGAAUGUUCAGUUCCACUCUGUGACUCUCCUUGUUUUUCUUAACAUGAAUUAUUUCCAGCUGCAAAAUUUGUCUUACUGGCACCUAAAAAAAAAAGCUGAGAAGCUUCAGAGAGCUGACCGUCAGAGUGCAGCUGACCGUCAGAGCUCAGCAGCAGGUGAGGAAGUGUCGUUGCGUCACUCUGUGCCAUACAUCCAAAGAAAGCUUCUGUCAUUUCGAAACGUUCUCUGGUAUAUCGUUAAAAGUACUUAGUUCUGUCGGGAUGGUAUUGCAGAUGAUAUUGUCACUUUUAAAUUUCACCUUGAUAUUAGAAAGCAGUCCAUGCCUACUUUCAAUGGGGAAAAAUAUUUUACUUUUCAUUCAUCAAGCCAGAGACAACAGCUUGCAGGUCUUUUAAUAGAUCAUACCUCUAACACUUUCCUUCUUAGGGAGAAGACAGCUGAAAUACAAAGUCAUAAAGAUCAUGUUGAAUGUGAUUCUACAAAACGAUUAAAGUCAAAUAUUAAAUGUCCACUCAAGAGGAUUUUCUGUUAAUAAAACAUAUAAAGUGCAUCUGAAGGUGUAUAAGAUUAUUCAGAUCCAAACAGAUUCUAAAGAUGUAUUACAUGCUGUCUUUCUUUCUGAAGGCCACACAUUCUAACAUUUGCACCUUUCUGCACUCUGAGCAGACCCAUCUUUUUUUUUUUCUAGUUUUACAUGUUGUUUUCAUCAGCAUGAAAACAAAUUUGAGGUAACAUUUUGGAAGAGGCUUCUUGAUAUUACUGCAUAUUUUUUUCCACCUUUCUGAAAUCAGCACCAGUUCAAC